AUGGAUUUGGAACAUGUGCUAUUUGGACUUAGUCCAUUUGUUAAUGAUUGUGAAGAGAAGAAGCUGAACGUGGACAACGUAUACAGAGACAGUUAUCUCAAGCUGUUGGACCAAUUGGCAGUAUUACUAAGAAACCCAGAAACUAGAAAUCAUGAAUUAAUACAUUCAAAUUUAAACAAAUUCAUCGGUGCUGGUGAUUAUUUGAUAUUGAAUCUUGAUAACACUGGAUAUGAAGAAUUAUUAAUGGAAUUGAUCAGAGUUUUAGCCAAUGCUAUAGCAGAUAAUGUGGUGAAUAGAGAACUGUUGGCCUCAAAUACUCAAUUUAUCAAGAAUUUAGCAGAUCAUUUAGAAGAACAUCCAGAAGAAGAAUCAUUGAAUGAAAGAAUAUUGAUCUUACUCAAGAAUUUGGUUAUUGAUAGUCCAGAUUCUGCUAAAGAAAUUUCAUUUAUUUCACAACAAGUUAUUGAUUAUAUCUCAAUUACUAAGAAUGAUAUAUUUGCAGCUGUGGAUUUAUUAACAGAUUUAGUAAAAUGUAUGAAUUAUAAAGCAGACCCGCAAGUCAUUGAGUCAUUGAGCAUACGUUUAUACAAAGUGCUGGAAAAUCAAUCAAACUUUGAUGAUGAAGAUGAAUUUAGUGAAUUAGCUGUUAGUUUAUCAACAAUUUUGGAAGACAUCACCGUUAAUCCAAAGUUUAACUUUAAUGAUGAAGUAAUUGAACAAAUCUUACAAGCUAGAUUUGCUGAUACAUUGAGAUUGUUGGCAAAGCUUGAAUUUCAAAAUAAAUUAAUGGCUCGUAGAAGAAUAUUUGCAUCAAUAGGGAAUAUAUCUGCUAAUCUUUCCACCUCAAACAAAUCUUUGAGAGAAGUUUCAAUCCAAAUAAUCAAAGAUCAGAACGAACAAAAUGGUUAUAUCGUAUCUGCUGCAUCAACAAUAUUAGGGAAUUCAAUAUCAUCUGCUGCUGAUAGAAAUGAAGUAUUGGAUCAAGAACCUCAAUUGGUUGAUUUCCUAUUACUUAAAUAUAAUUGUUUGAUAGAUCCAAUUCAAUUUCAAGGUAUUCUUCACCUUCUCAAAACUUUGAUGAGUAUAGAUACUGUGGGCUCAUUAUUUGCUGAAAAGAACUUUAAGAUUUUCGUAUUAUUAAUUGAAGCUACUGUGAGAAAUAGUAAAUAUUACACAAACUUCACUUCUUUACUAGUUGCAUUUUUGAAGAAAACAUUUGUUUUGAUGAAUAAAUCAAAUGUAACAAAGAUUAUUGAAAGUGAUAUUCCACAAAAUAUCAUAGCUGCAGAUUCAAAUGUUGAAUUGAAUACGAUUUUGCUUUUAUUAUUAAACAAAGUUGUCAUUUAUUUACCAAAUGCUGAUAUAAAGCCAAUCACAACAAAAGUAUUAACUUUCAAGGAUAACAUACCUGCAUCUUACUUAUUUGAAGUUACAAAAACUAUUGGUGUGUUAUUACAACAUAAACCAGAUUUCACUUUGGAGAAUCAUACAUCAAGUUUAUUAACCUUACUCACAACUGUGAACUCUAUUGAUUCAAAAUCAACAGAUAAUUCAGCUAAAUCCGUGCUAAACAAUGGGAGAUAUAUUGCAGGUUCUCUAUUAACAAUUCAUAAAACUAAACCGAUUGAUGCAGAUCUUUUCGCUAUAGCCGAUAAAGUUUUAAGAAAAUAG